UUGAUUUCUUCGAACCUGACACUGAAUCUCGGCGACUACAACUGGCCACAUCGUUUAUUUUCAGACUCAACAUUCGAAGCAAGCAUUUCAAGGACGAAAUGGAUCUGUGGGAACCACUACGAGACAUGUUGGAUCGAAAAUUUUUAACGUGGGUAGUAAUCUUAAUUCUUGGCCGAUUGUUCUUCUUGAUCCUGUACACCGUGUGGUUAUGUGACUGCUUCUUCAGAGAGUUUAAAAUGGAAAUCCCAUGCAAAGAUUUCACUCUUUACCCUGAACCAAAAAUAAUGUCUGCAGUUUGGCUUGUAAUCGUCAGCAUUACAUCCGUGUGUCUAAUCAACUUCGCCAGGCAAUGGCACGAAACUUCACCCUUGAGGUCAAUCUUCGACAAUCAUCUUUAUCGUAAAAAGUACUUCUACGAGCUGUGUUUCAUUAACAUACUGGUCAUUAUCUACGACUUGAUAACUAUUUUUGCCAGAGAAUUUCAAGUGAGAACAACAGUUUUAUACUGUGCGUAUAUACUCGAACAUAUCACGUCUACUGCACUCAUGCUCACAUUAAACUUCAUUCCAGAGUUCGUCCAGAAUGUACCACAAUAUAACCCGAAAUAUUGUGUUUAUAAAAUAACCUUGCUACUCUACUCGAUCGAGAAUUAUGUCCUACACGCCUUAGGAACUGUUGUAGCUGCGUACAGACUGGUUUCAGUUCCUACUUGUAGUAACACACCUGAAAAUCAAAACAACACCGACUGUUACGAUGUCCUAGCUGUUAUCAUGUUGUUUCUUCUUGUGAGUGUCCUCGCUAUCCGUCUCAAAGUUGGAGAAUUCUUUCUGGCCAAGUUCUUCGAAGAAGAUGUUAAUGUUCUCGACCCCCCCAGUCGCAAGCUCCGAUCUGACUAACUCCGUCAGUGACUCAACGAAAAGAAGAAGAAAAA